UCCGCCAUUUUGUCUGCAGCCAGAUGCGUCUCAUAUCUCACGGUGAAGCAAGUUUUUUUUAAGUGUAAGGUUUAAGUUCAAAGCGGAAUAGACCUGACCUGUUGAGCAUGAGGAAAGGUAAUCGUGAUCGAUUAGUUAUGCUUUCCGCUGACGCUGAUCGCAUCAUUCUUCACGGAGCUCCCUGAGAAGUGUGUCCGUCCCCCCUUCAGGCUUCAAGGAUGCUGUAGAGGAGCUCAAGCAGGAGUCGUGACAACUUUCUCUUUCGGCUACACAACGUGCACCAUUUAUUCCUUCCACCAUUACAACAACAAAACCCGCGCAGCGGAAGUGUGUCACUGUAAACCCGAGCCGAGGAAACAGCAGGUGUAAACUAACGUUCCUACUAGCUCAAUAAGGGGAAUUAUGUAGCCCCAUAACCACUACAAUGCCCCAUAAAGAUCUGGCAGGGCCAGCAGCAGGAGAAAAGAGGAACCUAUUGUUCUAUUUUUCAAAAGAUCAGCCACCCAAGAAAAGAGCCAGACAGACAGAAGAACAACAGUCUGUAGAGAGAGAACAGCAUCAGACAGAACCGCGACAGACAGAACAAAGACAGACAGAACAAAGACAGACAGAAAAUCAUCAAGAACAGCAGCGGCGGAAGAGUAGAGCCUUAUGUGGAGCUGCAACAUACAGGUGCACCUUUAAGAAUGAGUGGACCACAACAUGGCCAUUCAUCACGAAAGGAAGCCUCAGCACACACUACCGGUGCUCUGUGUGUCGUGUUGAAAACACGUGUUGCCACCAGGGUGCUACAGAUGUUGAGCGACACAUCAAGAGCAAGAGCCAUCAGGAAAAGCAACGGGCCCUUCAGUCCACAGCUACCUUAGACAGGUUUUCAGUGUGUGCUCCCUCUGUUGGGGGGAUGUCAGAUCAAGAGGCUAAGGGCUGAGGUCAAAAUAGCAGCAAUAUUAGUGCAUCACAAUGUGCCACUUGCUGUUGCUGACCACUUGGGGCCAAUUCUGAAGGAGUGUUUCAAGGAUUCUAAAACAGCCCAGGACUACAGGUGUGGCAGAACCAAAACUGCAUGUAUAGUCAACGAAGCGCUGGCACCACAUUUCAUGAAUGAGUUGAUUGGUCAAAUGAGGGAAGGACCAUACAGCCUCGUCAUAGAUGGAUCCAAUGACACGGCAGUACAGAAGAUGAACCCCCUGACUGUCCGGAUUUUAACUAAAAAUAAGAUUGUCCACCGCUUCCUGGGGAUGUGCACCAUAAGUGGGCCAAGGUGUGGGACAGCCGAAGUGAUCUUCAGUAAGAUAAACACCACCUUGGAAGAAAAGGCUAUCCCAUGGGGAAACUGCGUCGGUCUCUCUGUGGAUAAUGCUGCUGUGAACACAGGUUCACAUAACUCCAUCGCGUCCAGAAUGCUGAAAAAACAGCCCAGCAUUUACGUCCAUGGUAGCCCAUGUCAUGUGGUCCACAACACGGCUAAACGGGUGGGGGCCGGGUUUUUGGACGUGUCCAAAUUUGAUCUGGAGGACCUGAUAGUUGAUGUCGGCUACUGGUUCAAGCGUAGCACAAACCGAAAGGGGUACUUGACAGAUGAAAAUCAGGCGAGAUUCAGCAGAUUUCGGGAGGCGUUCUCUGACGCCAUGACGGAGGUGUACCUACUGUUCUUCCAGGCCACCAUGCCAUCAUUCACCUCAUUCAACCUCCUGCUCCAGAACAGCCAUCAAUAUUCUUAUUACAUGAUGAGAUGAUAAACUUCAUUCGCAAGCUGUGUGCAAAGUUCAUGGUGCCUUCAGUGCUGCAGCGCCACAAACAGCCUCAUGAAAUUAAUUUUCAAGAAAAGGCAAACCAUUUACCAGGAAGAAAACUGAACAUUGGCUACACCACCAGAGCUAAGCUCAACAGACUGCUGAAUGAUGGAGACAUCACACCACACCAGAUGGAGAAAUUCCAUGAGGCUGCCUUGGCAGUUCUGAUCAACGCUGUGGACUACGCUUUGAAGAAGCUGCCCCUACAAGAGCCACUGCUUAAGCAUGCCAAGUUUGUGGAUGUUCGGCAGAGGUUGGAAUGUGGCGUAGAAGAUGCCCCUUACUUUGUUGAGAGGUUCUCCCACCUGCUCCCCUACCAUGGACCACAGGAGCGUGACCCACUGAGCGACGAGUUCCUGGAAUACCAGACAAUGCCAAUGCCACCCCUGCAGGACAGAGAGGAAAUUGAGAUGGAGAGCUUCUGGGCUGAAAUGGCAACCCGAAAACAUAAGGUGACAGGGGUAAGCCUGUUCCAGAGACUUGCCACCAUUGCUAAGCUGGUCCUGGUGCUGCCCCACUCCAAUGCAGAUGCAGAGAGAGUGUUUUCUGUGGUGGGACUAAACAAGACCAAGACCAGGAACAGCUUGGCCCUGGAUGGAACCCUGUCUUCAAUUAUGACUGUAAAGAUGGCUGGCCUUGAGCCCUGCUUCAAGUGGGAGCCCACCCAAGCAAUAAUCAAGGUCUCAAAGAAGGCCACUAGCCAGUAUAACAGGGCACACAGCUCUUAAAGCAACACUAUGAAGUCCAACACACAAAAGUCCUGCUUCGGAGAGUUUGCUGGUGUCAUUGGCUUGUCAACAAAUGCACAUGUAACCGUGACACAUUUUGUGACAGUUCUUGAUUGUAAAUGUUCUUGUUCUGAAUAACGUUUUUGCUGUGAUGCUGAAUGGGAUAACAAAAAUGUGUGUGUAUGUGGCAAAAUUUUAGUUGGCCCCACAUAAUCUCACUCCAAGAUUUUUUGAAAAGUUGGCAACCCUGUAAUCAUCUGCAGCAAAAUGCAAAGAGCAUACCCGUAGAUUCCCCACUUCUGAUAUCGGUGUGUUCUCGUCAUAUUUGGGGUUUUGUAUCGCUUGGAGCCACUCUUUGCACCUUAUCACAUCUGUUGGUAAUCGAUAGUAGCUUAAGUUUAUUCCCUCCUCUCGCGUCUUUCUGUAGCUGCCGCAUCCAGGCAUAAUACAACGCGAAGGCAUGUUUGUUGUUGAUAAAGCUAGUUCAAUUCAAUUAUUGUUGUGUUUCCUGUUUUCUAUUCUAAGAGGGACGUUUUAAGACGCCAAAACCUGAUGCGUUCGACGCAUGUGCGGAAAUGCGUCUACUUCCUGAUAGAAGUGUUUAAGGGGGGUUUUUUCCCCUCAUUUUUCUUCCCAAUUGGUCUGGCGGCCUGUCCGGGGUGUCUCCCCGCCUGCCGCCCAAUGACUGCUUGGAUAGGCUCCAGCAUCCCCGCGACCCUGAGAGCAGGAUAAGCGGUUUGGAUAGUGGAUGGAUGGAGGGUUGUUUUUUUAUUUUUUUUAUUUUUUAUUUUUUUUAGUAUUUCACAAUAAAAAAAAUUGUUUCGCAAUUGUUCUAAUUGUAUACCUUCUUAAAGGGACAAUGCACUAUGUUUUAAAUUGUUUAUAGGGACAAUGCAAUGUUUAUUGAGAAGCAUGGUGAACAUGUAAAUAUGAAAGUUUUGGAAAAUACAUUACAACAUUGGACUUGACAGCAUCAACAUCGUGUCCGUGUUUUCUUUAUUUCUAUUCCCCCCUUACAGGGGCGUAACAACAGC